ACAACAUGCACGCAUGCGCACUGCCGUAGCCAGCAGCUGAACGUUGUGUCAAAACACAGAGGGAAAGACAAUCUGGGCCACCUCAGAGUAUUUGUAAAGCGUUUUUUCCCCCCCCAAUAGCGUAUACAUACCAUGACCGAACAAUCAGCGUUACUUCUUCGAAAACAACUAGCAGAGCUCAACAAGAACCCUGUGGAGGGCUUUUCAGCAGGUCUGAUAGAUGAUGACAACAUAUAUAAAUGGGAAGUUGUGAUCAUUGGUCCCCAGGAUACUCUUUUUGAAGGAGGAUUUUUUAAAGCAUAUUUAACCUUUCCAUAUGAUUAUCCUCUACGACCUCCAAAGAUGAAGUUCAUAACUGAAAUCUGGCAUCCAAAUGUUGCAAAAAAUGGAGACGUGUGCAUCUCAAUCCUGCAUGAACCCGGAGAGGAUAAGUUUGGCUACGAAAAGCCCGAGGAGCGCUGGCUGCCUAUCCAUACCGUCGAGACAAUCAUGAUUAGUGUCAUCUCCAUGUUGGCGGACCCCAACAGCGAUUCCCCAGCAAACGUGGAUGCUGCGAAAGAAUGGAGGGAGGACCCCAAUGGUGAAUUCAAGAGGAAAGUGGCGCGUUGUGUAAGAAAAAGUCAAGAGAUGGCUUUUGACUAGACUGACUUGACUAUUCCAGGUUUAAGGAAAUGCCUCCGGAGGGAAACGCUCAGGCUUCUACGCCCCUUGUUUUGCAAGCCAAAAGGAAUUGGUUGGCUUCAACCCCUUUCAGUGAGCGGUUGUCAUUUUUCGCAAGACGAGCCAAUUUGAGAACACUACCAGCGAAAUUUACUUACCUGGAAUUGUAUAAUUUUAUUUAUUUUGGGGAAAAAAAAUGAUGUAAACUAUGUCACUACUGUAAAUUAACUUGCUUUUUUUAUCUGCUGCUGAACAGUUUCUACUUUAUACCAGGUUUCUUAUGCAAUUUAGUGGUCAAAAAUGGGAGUCAAUUGAAAACCUGUUCCAUUCGCAUCAUCCUUUGUCAUGUCUACUACAUACAUGUCAGCCCAGCAUAUACUGCAUCUGUCAAUAGAUUCCUCAUUAAUUCACUGUUGCCUUUUUGGCUUCACUUCCGCAGAUGGCUUUUUGUUCAAAAAGAGUCUAUGAAGUUUUUGUGGCACUUACACAGGUCUUUUAUUUAUUUAUUUAUUGUUGUUUUUUUUUUCUUGGGAAAAUAGCUACCUGCUAGAAUUAGUUAUCUACGCUAGACUUUGGAACAAUGACUCUCAAAUGUGCAUGAUCCCUCCAAGCCCUAUGUCUUGCAGGUGUGAAUGAUAAAAAUGACUCAUUCUGCACUGCGAGAGUCUCUCCCUUAGUACAUUGGCUUUCACCCGCAUGGCUAACAUUAACACUCGAUUUGUAACAACGACUCAGGAUUAAACUCCAUUACUGUUGUAACUAUCAGCCGAUGGGAUAGACUUGUGAUAUUCCUGACUCCAAACUUAUGUCCUUUCUUUGUCAAUGAAGUCUUUCAACUACGACAACCAAAAGGGGUCUGUGAAAAAAGUCUAAGCUGUGAUUAUUGUGCGCGUGCUGCUGUUGCAUCUCAUUUUACCUCAGUCUGGUUGUUGACGUCUCCAUGCGGGGACUUUGGAAUCAGACUAGUUGUUGAUACAUUGUAUAAAUGCUGGGGUUCAGAUGCCGAGGACUUUGAGUUGAUCAAAAAGUAAAGCUUAUCAAUCAUUAGUGCUAACUUAUAUCAGUUAAAGUUGAGAAUCUGGGCUGUAAUUUACAUAUGAUACUUGGGAAGGAAAAUAGUAUUUUCAAUUGGAUUGUUUUGUGGUGGUAUGCAAAACGCUGUCACUCCCCCUCACUAUAAUUGGCUUGUUAAUAAUGAAGUGUAUCCAACAGAUCUGUGUUUUCCCAACUUUUUAUGCAGCCAAUAUUCAUAUUUCACACACCACAAAACAAUAUUAAUUGAAUGGCAACGGGUGGAUACACAGAUUUGAUCAUGUACCUUCUGACAUCUUGUGGAAAAGAAUUAAAUGUUCUGCCUGUCCCUGUAUGUUGCUAGAUUAGAUAAACAAAGAUACAAUAUUUGUAGUAAAUAUUUUUUUAGCCAUUUAAGUGAAAUUGGAUCAUUUCCUGAUGAUCUCUGGCAACAAAUUAGUGGUUGGGACUGGGAAUGACUGCUGUGGAUGCAGACUGAGAACCCGAAACACGUUCAAGCAUCUUUUGGCACAUGCAAUCAGGGAUGAAUGAGGUGCGUAUGUGAAGCUUACCGUUACAAUGUACAUUCUGCCUGAAUGUGCCGUAUACUCUUAGAUCGACUCGUGUAGACUUGGUAAUUGCUGUCAACGUUUUUAAGUCGGAAUCGUCGAACCUGCCAUAACCCCCUCUGACCGGUGUUCACUGUAUUUGCACAGAUUCAGUGUGCGUUUUUGAAACGUCAUCAAGCAAUACGCUCUGAAAACGGUGUCCAGGUAAUCCACCCCAUAAUGUCAUCACUUGUUUGAUUUUCCAUUUUGUGUCAACGCAGUGUAUAUUGGACUUGAUGCUAAAUAAAGUGUGUAAAAAGUU